CAAAUCAAUGAUAGUGUGAGCAGGGAAGACGCGCUGGUUUGAGGCACUUUCGCUUGCUCAAGAAAGUCCUUCCCUUGACUCGGACUGAGGGCCUUGAGGUGGCUCACAUGCAGCUGCAAUCUCGUUGGAUUAGUUUCUCAACACUCUCCUGCAAGCUGAUUGCAUCACGAUGAAAAAGUCAGGCGGCAAAGGCAAGUUCUAUGAUGAUGAUUACGAUGAUGGAUAUGAUGACGCAUACGCUGAUGAGGAGUAUGAGGAAGAGGACUGGAGUGCUUAUGGUGCACCUGGAGAGCAUGCCGGUGCAUCAAGCACUCCUGCGCCCCCAGCCGGAGCAUCCCAUGCCAACCUCCCACCGCCUUCCGCUGGCCAAUGGCGGUGCCCUCUCUGCACGUAUGACAACCUAGAGCAGCACCUCGCAUGCGACAUGUGUGGCACGCCUCGCCCUGCCGCAGAAAGUGCACAGGAAGGAGCGAGUUCUGCAAGCAAAGCGCCUCCACUUGAUCCUGCCCCCUUUGCAUUCGAUUCCCCCUCCCCGGACGACCAAGUGCUGGCCGCCCGCCGCCGCGGUACGGGCACUGCCAAGAAGCCUCCCGCUUCGCUGAACGGAAAACCGCCCCCCCUCCAAGCCGUGGAAACCAAACCGACCCCGAAGCCUUACGACCCGAUUCGGAACCGAAGGCAGAGCGCGCCCGCCGUAGAAUUGCAAGAGAGUGCCGCUGAAGGUAAAAAGGAAAAAAGAGGUGCUGAGCAAGGUGUCCGAAGGCUGAGUUUGGACGACCAGGUUUCGGACAGGGGCCAGGGGGAGCCGAGCAGCUCGGGCAGGGGGGAGACUUCCGGGGCAACUCUACCCCCCGGAAAGAGGAAGUGGCAGUCGCUGCCGCUGAGCGCAUACCGGCCGGACGAGGAGCUGCUGGCCGAGAUCCGCAGCCGGGGGGGCGAGAAAGACGUUUUGAAUCUGAUCAUCGUGGGCCACGUGGAUGCGGGGAAGUCGACGCUGAUGGGGCGAGUGUUGCAUGCGCUGGGCCAGGUGUCGCAAAAGGAGAUGCACAAGAACGAGAAGCAGAGCAAGGAGCAGGGCAAGGGGUCGUUCGCCUAUGCAUGGGUACUCGACGAGGGCGCUGAGGAGCGCGCCCGGGGGGUCACCAUGACUGUGGCCGUGGCCCACUUCGAGACCCCCCAGAAGCGGAUCAUCCUCCUCGACGCCCCGGGACACAAGGAUUUUGUCCCGAACAUGAUUUCGGGGGCUUCUCAAGCAGACGCUACGAUACUAGUGGUCGACGCCACUCCAGGGGGGUUCGAGGCGGGUAUGGAGGGGCAGGGGGGGCAGGGGGGGCAGACGAAAGAACACGCGCAGCUGGCACGGAGUCUCGGGGUUGAGCAACUCAUCGUGGCGGUCAAUAAGAUGGAUGCAAUUGAGUACGACCAGGAGAGAUUCACCGAGAUCCAGGCGGGGUUAGUGCCCUUUUUGCGGCAGUGCGGGUUUAAGGACUCGGCGGUGCGCUGGCUGCCCGUGAGCGGGUUAGCGGGGGAAAACUUAACCGAACCCCCAGAAGCAAAAGAGCUCGCGGCGUGGUACCGGGGGCCACAUCUCUUGGCGGCCGUGGAUUCGUUCCAGGCCCCAGUGCGGUUAGUGGCUAAACCGCUGCGGUUAGUCGUUGCGGAGGUGUUCAAAACCCGGACGCUUGGGAGCGCGGCGAUCGGGGGGAAGCUGGAGGGGGGCGUGCUGAAGCAGGGGUCUAAAGUUUUGGUUAUGCCAGCAGGGGAGGUCGCAACUGUGAAGGGAGUGGAGCGGAACGGGGAGGCGGUGACGGGAGCCGCUGCGGGAGAUAGUGUGGACGUGGGUCUGUCCGGAAUAGAGCCGAACGUACUUUUUGCCGGUUCCGUUCUCUGUCACCCGGAUUAUCCGGUUCCAACAGCGACGAAAGUAGAGGUGCGGCUCUUGACACUGAACAUCGUCAUGCCCCUGCUCCGAGGAGCGUCCCUGGUCUUGCACGCUCACAGCGCCAAGCAACCGGUCAGGAUCUCGGAGCUGGUGUCACUGCUGGACCCCAAGUCGGGGCAGGUCGCCAAGGCGAAGCCCCGAGUCGUUACUAAGAAUCAGAGCGCCGUUGUAGAGCUGGUCGCGGAAAGGUCGAUUUGUCUAGAAGCGUACACUGACUACAGGGCGCUUGGUCGCAUCGCCCUGAGAGACAGCGGAAAGACGGUCGCUGUCGGCAUUGUGACGAAGAUUUUGGAGACAUAGACUUGAUCGUUUGCUUCGCACGAGCAUGUUGACUUUCCCUUCUAAGCAGCCCGGGCCUUCAAAGAUCGGAUCCGCGAAUUGCAGUUACUAAUGGCACCCAUGACUGGGAGCUAAGUCAUCACACCCUGAUGAAGCAAGCUGU